AUGAAGAUCUCACCAGAGACAAUUAAUAAACUACAAUCAGAUGCAUCAUGCAUAAGAAAUAUUUGUAUACUAGCUCAUGUUGAUCAUGGGAAAACCUCAUUAAGUGAUUCAUUAUUAGCAACAAAUGGUAUAAUAUCACAAAGAAUGGCAGGAAAAGUACGAUAUCUUGAUUCAAGAGAAGAUGAACAAUUAAGAGGUAUAACAAUGGAAGCAUCUGCUAUAUCAUUAUAUUUUAAGUCAAUGAAAAUGCAAAAAGAGAAUGAAACGGAGCCAAUAAUUAAAGAGCAUUUAAUCAAUUUAAUAGAUUCACCAGGUCAUAUAGAUUUUUCGUCAGAAGUAAGUACAUCAUCCAGACUAUGCGAUGGAGCAAUAGUGCUAGUGGAUGCAGUUGAAGGUGUAUGCUCUCAAACCAUAAAUGUUUUACGUCAAUGUUGGAUAGAUAAACUAAAACCAAUACUAGUUAUAAACAAAAUCGAUAGAUUAAUCACAGAAUGGAAAUUAACUCCACUAGAAGCAUAUCAACAUAUAUCAAGAGUUAUAGAACAAGUAAAUUCAGUCAUUGGAUCAUUUUAUGCAGGAGAUAGAUUAGAAGAUGAUUUAAAUUGGAGAGAAGGAGGAGAAAUUGGAGAAUUUAUAGAAAAAGAUGAUGAAAAUUUAUAUUUUAUGCCUGAAAAAAGUAAUGUUAUAUUUGCAUCAGCUAUUGAUGGAUGGGCUUUUUCAAUAAAUACGUUUGCUAAAAUAUAUCUGAAAAAAUUAGGAUUUUCUCAACAAGCAUUGCUUAAAACUCUUUGGGGGGAUUUUUACCUAGAUAUGAAAAACAAAAAAAUUUUACCAGGUAAAAAAUUAAAGAAUGGUAAUAACAAGCCAUUAUUUGUAUCGUUAAUAUUGGAUCAAAUUUGGUCAAUAUAUGAAAAUUGUAUAUUGGAAAGAAAUCAGGAAAAAGUGGAAAAAAUUAUUGAAAAAUUAGGUGCUAAAAUUUCACCAAGAGACUUGAGGUCAAAAGAUUUUAAAAAUUUAUUGAAUCAAAUUAUGUCACAAUGGAUCCCACUAAGUCAUGCUAUACUAGGGGCAGUUAUUGAUUAUUUACCAAGUCCUAUAGUUGCCCAAUCGGAAAGAAUUGAUAAGAUUUUAAAUGAAACUAUAUAUAGUGCUGUUAAAUCAGAGCAAGAUCGAGAUAACUUAGUUGAUCCAAGUUUUGUGAAAGCAAUGCAUAAUUGUGAUAGUUCUCAUGCUGAUAUACACACAAUGGCCUAUGUAUCUAAACUUAUAUCAGUACCGAAUGAGGAGUUACCAAAAGAAGCAGCGAUUGGAGGUGAAGUAUCAGCGGAAGAAUUGAAAGAAAGAGCUAGAAUAGCCAGGGAAUUGGCGAAGAAGGCAUCAGAAGCAGCAGCUAUAGCACAAGAAGCUAAGACUAGUGAAGAUGAGUUUGUAAUUAAACCUAAGAAAGAUCCAUUUGAAUGGGAAUUUGAAGAAGAUGAUUUCGAACAAGAAGAAGAUGAAGAAGAAGAAGAAGAAACUAGUCUUGAAACUUUAGUUGGAUUUACAAGAAUUUACUCAGGUACUUUAUCAAAAGGUCAAAAAUUGACCAUAGUUGGACCAAAAUAUGACCCAUCCUUGCCGAGAGAUCAUGAAAAAAAUAUAGAUCAAAUAAGUAACGAGAUAGAGAUAAAAGAUUUAUUUUUAAUUAUGGGUAGAGAAUUAGUAAGAAUGGAGAAAGUACCAGCUGGAAAUAUUUGUGGAGUUGUUGGAUUAGAUCAUGCUGUAUUGAAAAAUGCAACUAUUUGUUCACCUAUACCUGAAGAUAAACCAUAUAUUAAUCUUGCGUCAACAUCGACAUUGAUACACAACAAGCCAAUUAUGAAAAUUGCAGUUGAACCAACAAAUCCUAUAAAGUUAGCCAAAUUAGAGCGUGGGUUAGACUUGUUAGCAAAAGCUGAUCCUGUGUUGGAAUGGAAUAUUGAUGAUGAAUCGGGUGAAUUAAUUGUUUGUGUCGCUGGAGAAUUGCAUUUAGAGAGGUGUUUAAAAGAUUUGGAAGAAAGAUUUGCUAAAGGUUGUGAAGUUAUUGUCAAAGAACCUGUUAUACCAUUUAGAGAAAGUUUGGCUGAUAAUAAAAUAAAUCAAGAGACAUUAGCUGAAAUUGAAGAAGAUGAUGAUGAGGAGGAAGAUGAUUUGGUGAACAUGGACAUUGAUGUUUGUCCAUUACCUCUUGAGGUUACAAAAUUUUUGAUUGAUAAUGAAUCAGAAAUAAAUGAGAUUGUAAAGAAUAGAGACUAUCAAAACAAGGAUGAGUUUGUUAACAAAUUUGUAUCUGUACUCAAUGAAGAGAAACAAUUUUUUGUGUUCUCGAAAGCCAAAGAAUUGAUUGAUAAUAUAAUAGCAUUUGGACCCAAAAGAAUUGGACCCAACAUUGUAAUCGAUAAAACUAACAAGUUCAAACAUAUAAUAAGUGGGUUUCAACCAGAUGAGAGAUUUGAAUACGGAAAUAAUGUUUUAAAUGGUACCCAAUUAGCAUUAAAUGAAGGUCCGCUAGCAUCUGAACCACUACAAGGUAUUGCAAUUAUUAUAAAAAACAUUUCCAAGAAUGAUAUAGGAGAAGAUAAGAUUACAAGUCCUGGUAAAAUCAUUGGUCAAACCAAGAAUAUAAUUCAUAAACAAUUUUUGAUCAAAUCUCCACGUUUACUACUAGCUAUGUAUACUUGUGAAAUUCAAGCUUCUACCGAUGUAUUAGGAAAAGUCUAUGCUGUUGUUCAAAAGAGAGAAGGAUCAAUAAUAUCAGAAGAAAUGAAAGAAGGUACACCAUUCUUCACGAUUGUUGCAAGAUUACCAGUUAUACAAGCUUUUGGAUUUAGUGAAGAUAUUAGAAAAAAGACUUCUGGAGCAGCAAGUCCACAAUUAGUUUUUGAUGGAUUUGAUAUUUUGGAUAUUGAUCCUUUUUGGGUACCUCAUACAGAGGAAGAAUUAGAAGAAUUGGGAGAAUUUGCUGAAAGAGAAAAUAUUGCAAGAAGAUAUAUGAAUAAUAUUCGAAGAAGAAAAGGUUUGUUUGUUGAUGAAAAAGUUGUGAAUAAAGCUGAAAAACAAAGAACAUUGAAAAAGGAUUAA